UUUUCUUCCUUCUUUUCUUUGAACCCGACACCAAAAAGAACAAGAUAAGGUGUUAGAAAAAUGAGGAAAUCGAUUCUAUUUCUACUGACUACUGAGGCAAAUCCUUGAAACUAUGGUAAAGACGUAAAGUUGAAAUGAAAGUAUGAAACAAUCGAAGUUAAACCCACAUGAGGUCGGAUUUCUUUGAGCUUCAAAAUCUAAAAAAACCCUAAAUUGUUCUUCUAAUGAGGAAGACAAUGUGCUCUUCUUCCUCUGCAUCCAACUUUCUGCCUCUUCAUCUCCCUAGUAGAAAUCGCCUCUUUCUUAAAUUUUCACUUCCAUUUCCAAUUUUAAACGAUGAAGGUGUUUUCAGACACGCAAACCCUAGAAGACGAAGAUUAAUAUCUCUAUCUGCUUCAAUUACCCGGGAUAACCUCGAAUUGUCGUCUUCUAAUAGACGGGAUGCUGAAGACUACAAUGGUUGGGCGAUUCUUGAAGAAUCUCCAAGUCCAAAGAAACACAAACAAGGAUUGCCUACAUUUCUACUGUUUGGUAUUGGGACCUCAGUUGUGGCUUUCCUUGCUGUGUUCGCUCAUUUUACUCUAUCAAGAAAAGGUUACGUUUUGCGAUUCACCACCCCAUUUCAUGUUUCUGUUGAUCAUAAAUCAUCGAGUUCAGAAGAUACAUCAAAGGUAGAUGAAGUUGUUACUAAGCCAUUGAUGGAAACCGUUUCUGAAGAAGUUGAUGCAACAACAGAAGAAGUAAUUGAUCAUAUUAAGAGUGGAAAAGAAAAGCCUGGAAGAGUAGUAGUUUCAGUUUCUGCAGAUCCUACUCAACAAGAAGCUUUAUUGUGGUUAAAGAAUCUGAAGAUAAUUGAAGAUGAAGUCAUGGCAGAUGAGUUAUGUUCUAGGAGAGAAUAUGCAAGAUGGCUGAUUCUACUCAACUCCAGACUUGAAAGGAAUCCAAAGAAUAGGAUAUCCCCAUCUGUUUCAUUAGCUGGAUCCACCAUUAAUGCUUUUGAUGACAUUAAGAGUGAAGAUCCUGAUUUUGUUUACAUUCAAGCUCUUGCUGAGGCUGGUGUUGUUCUGAGCAAGCUGUCCAGUAAAAACUUAACUUCUGAUCUGGAUACAAGUUUUUUCCCAGAAAGAUUUAUAUCACGGGAGGAUCUUAUUGGUUGGAGAGCUAAACUAGAAUACCAAGUUAUGGCUGGAUUAAAUGAAGAGAUAUUAAGGAACAAAAUAGGGUUUCUGGAUGCAAGGGAGCUGAAGUCAGAUAUAUUGCCACCUCUUUUCAUGGAUAUGAUGGCUGAUGACAAAAGCAUAAUGAGAAAAGUUUUUGGUCAAGUGAAGCGGUUUCAGCCUGGGAAACCCUGCACCAAGGCACAAGCAGCAGUGGCACUCACGAGUGGAAAAUUCACCAAACUAAUUCACCAAGAAUUCUCAAAACUAAAAUCUGAAAAUUCUUCAAGAAAUUUUGCAAUUGAAGAGAUAAAAUCUGAGCUUCUUGAAAGAGGAGACAUACAAAGAUUUUGGGAGAAAAAGAUACAAGAUGAAAAAAAGCAUCGUUUGGAGGCGGAAGCAGCUUAUUUUAAAACACUUAAAGAUUUAGAGCAUCAAAAGAUAAAUCAAGAUAAUGCUGUGAAUGCUUAUUUGAAGGAAAUAGCAGCUUUAGAUUGUCAAAAACAGUUGCUUUUGAGUUUGGAGAAAGAAGUUGAUGAAAUGAAUGAGAGACUUGCAUAUGAAAGAAAGAAUUAUGUUGAUGAGAAACAUAAAACACGUAGUAAUGUUGGUGAAUUAGAGGUCAAAUAUGAAAGAAUUCUUGACACAAAGUCAAUACUUGAAGCUGAAUUAGAAGCCCUUCGUAUACUCAGAUCUUGGAUAGAGGAUGAAGCAAAAAAGGGUCAAGCAAGGACUAAGGUACUUGAAGAAGUUGGGAGAAGGUGGAAAUGGGGAAGUCGUUAGCCAAUUUGUUCAAUUAAUUCAUAGUUUUGCUGAUUAAUGUGCUUGAUGUUUACUAUUAUGGAUAUAAUAAUGAUUUGCUUUGAGAUCAUAUACAAUAAAAACAUAGCAAUCAAAGAGGGUAUUUGUUGGUUAGGUGAUUGCUUUCUACACUAAGUGCGUUGAGAUAUAGAGUCUCUAUGAUGUAAUAAUAAUCUGUAUUAUUUAGGGU